AUCGAUAAGCAAUUUCGUUUUUCGUUUGUAUUACUUCGUUAUGUCCGGAGGAUCCCUGUUUACUUGGGUACACGGGACCGGUGUCCUAACGCGCGCGGAUAGUGUGGUCGGGAACUACCAGCCUGAGGCGCUGCGACCCGUCCUCUUCGUCUUUUACACCCUGGAAACGGUCUUCAACAUGUUCUGCAUGGGCUAUCACAUCUCGGGCUUCAUGACCAUCCAACUGGACUCGUUUAGCUGGGACGUGCAGGCCGUCCACUACUUCUACCUGGUGACCUUCUACGUCUUCAUGGUGCUCACUUUGUUUCAGAGCGUGAAUAUUUGCACUGGUCACAAGCCCACCGUUUGCACGGAGAUCUGGAAGGCCACGGCGGCGGCGGUUGCCUUCACCUUAAUAUCCCUGACCACGAUGUGGGAUGCGGAGCGGCAGUUCCACAUGUUCAUCACCCUGCGUGAUGAUAAUGACGAACCCCCGUAUCAUGGAGACUUCGUAGAGGAUAAGCCGGUGCAUCCGGUUUUCCACUUCCUGCGCGGCCAGUCCAUCUCCUCGCUGGCCUGCGGAAUGCUCUAUCUGCUCCAUGCCACCAUCAUGAUCGACGUCAAGUUGACCACCGACCUGAACAAAGGUCAGGUGAAGGGCGACUACAUGCCCAUUCCCCUCUUCGUCCUGGGACGCUGCAUCCACGCCAGGCUAAACAGGUUCGAAUGGUUUCGAGAAUUUUGCGAAAACGAACCCAUUUACCUCUAGGACUAGGAUUUUAGGAAGCCAUUAGCUAGCCGGGAAAAUG